UUUUUAAAUGAAAUCAAACACACUGCUAUGAAGAAAAGUUUUACUUACUGAAGAUUCAAUGGCUAGCAAUACUCAUAUGUCUAUGCGCAGUAAGGGCCCGGGUAGAAGAAGAUCACUUCAUGGUAAUAAACACCGAGCUGAUGAAUAAUAAUCUCAUUACCUCAGACAAGUGUUUUUAUGGUUUAGCCUCGGAGUGCCCCCAGGAAAACUCAAAUCCCUGCAAAAAAAUCAGCCUAUUAAAUGGCAGUAAUGAUAAUGUGGCUAUCUUGUGUUGUAAUUUAGCGAAUAAUGCCGAACUUGAGCAAGCGUUAGCUCGAGCAAAUUUUCCGAUAAACGUUUCGUAUGUACACAUUAGGAAUGCCACAUUAGAUUACAUUAAUGCUACUGAAGUACGCUGGAGGAUGCUUAAGUCCUUAGCAAUAACAGAUGGGAAAAUUCAACGGAUAAAGGGUCAAUUCCUUAUGAUGACUCCCAUCUUCUGUCUAAAUUUUUCGAACAUUGCUUUACUAGAAAUGGAAAACAACUCGCUUAUCCGGCUUGCUCAAUUGACAACUUUAGAUCUCUCUCACAAUAAUUUGAUGCACUUGCCAGCUCUAAACAUUAUGAAUGGACGAGAAUUUUGGAUCGAUAUUUCUGGUAAGUAA